GAAAGAGACAGCCUUUAAGAUAGUUUGAACGUGGCCAUCUCUCUUGCAUAUUUCCAGGGGCUGCAGCCAAAGUCGUCAAUUGGGAGAGCCAGGAACAAAAAAUGGAGCGGCAAAGCUUGGCAGGCUCUCCAACAGUUGAAUGCCUGGAGCUGGGAGGAAGAAUCCCUCACCUUCUCCAAGCAGAAAUCAUGAGGGAGUUUCUGACAGGGGCAACUCCACAACAAGUCAAGCGAGAACCAGCUGAAAGGUUACAACAGCACUGGGAAGUCCAGCAUCAAGAAUUCUCAAAGACAGCCCACUUCCCAGGUUCAGGAUGUGGCGACCCACAGCUACCUCAGCCCCAGUCAGAAGAUGACUCCAAGGAAUUCCAGGCCUCCUUCGCGGCAGUAGCUGGUAUCUCCCAACAGUCUCGAGGAGAGGGCAUGGCCCAAAUUCUACCAGAACUUAAUGGAGAGGCCCAAGAGACCUAUGACCCACAGGCUCCUUCUGUCAAGGUGAAAGAAGAGGUGCUGGAUGAAGUCUUGGUCAGCUUGGAGAUGUGCCGCCAGCGGUUCAGGCAGUUCUGUUACCAGGAGGCCGAGGGACCCCGGGAGGCCUUCAGCCAGCUCCAAGAUUUUUGCCAUCAGUGGCUGGAGCCAGAAAGACACACCAAGGAGCGUGUCCUGGAGCUGGUGACCCUGGAGCAGUUCCUGGCCAUCCUGCCUCUGGAAAUGCAGAGCUGGGUCCGGGAGUAUAGUCCUGAGACAGGCAGCCAGGCAGUGGCCUUGGCAGAGGAUUUCCUCCUCAGGCAAGGAGAGGCUGAAAGCACAGUGGAAAAGGGACGGAGGUCCUCGGUUGUUAAUUCCCCCAAGUCAGAGGAUGAUCCAUCUGACACCAUGAAGAUUCAGCUCUUCCCGGAGGCCAAACACGAGACCUGCUUGCUGGGUGGAGAGCAAUUCCAGCAGAAUGAGGAAAUGACAAGGAAACAUGAGGAAGCAGAUGUCAGUGAAACCUUAAUGGGAGGAGCUGAAGGGACGUUUUUCCAGGAUCCUGAGGGAAAAGAGUUGCCCACAAAUCACAAGGGACUAGAAAGUCAACAGGAAAAUACAGCAGAAGUUUGUGAGGAAGCUAACUUGGGCUUGCCUGAGAGCAUGUUCUCAGAUGGACUCUGCGGGCUUGAAGGUGAAAAGUUAGCUAUUUCUACUAGUCAAACGUCCUCUCAGAAUUUUGACCUUGCUGAGAAUCAGGAAACACAACUGUCAGAGAAAUUGUAUCAGUGCACAUACCGUGAAAAUAUCUCCAAUAGGAGAGUGCCCCUGCUGAGCAUACAUGAAACUGCUCACACAUCAUAUGAAUGUUCUGAGUGUGGGAAAAGCUUCAGUUGGAAGUCUCACCUUUUUAGACACAAGCGAAGCCACACGGGAGAGAAAACACACCAGUGCUCGGAGUGUGGAAAAGGCUUUAUCUUUAAAACAGACCUUUUUAGGCACAAGAGGAUCCACACGGGAGAGAAACCAUAUGAAUGCUCGGAAUGUGGGAAAUGCUUCAGCCGCAAACCAAACCUCAUUACACACAAGAGAACCCACACAGGAGAAAAACCGCAUCAGUGCGCUGAGUGUGGCAAAUGCUUCAGUCGUAAGCCGACCCUUAUAACCCACAAGAGAACCCACACAAGAGAGAAACCAUACGAGUGUUCAGAAUGUGGGAAAGGUUUUAUUUUUAAAAUAGACCUUUUUAGGCACAAAAGAACUCACACGGGAGAGAAACCUUAUGAUUGCUCAGAGUGUGGGAAAUGCUUUAGUCGAAAAGCCAAUCUCAUUACGCACAAAAGGACCCAUACAGGCGAGAAACCGUACGAGUGCUCAGAGUGCGGGAAAAAGUUCAGCCGUAAAGGAAAUCUUAUUACUCACACGAGGACUCACACUGGAGAGAAACCGUAUGAAUGCCUGGAUUGUCGGAAAAGCUUCACGCAGCGAAUACAUUUUCUGAGACACGAAUCCAUCCACGUGAGAGAGAGGAUCGCAGAAGCUGUGGGAAAUGCGGCAGGCGUCGCUUCGUGCUUACCAAACAUGAUGGCAUUCACACACACACAAGAGAAGCCAGAGAAAGCGUGAAAGAAAGACUCUCCUGUUCUUCUCGGCUUUUAUAAGCAUUGGACUAUCCAUUCUGGAGUGAAAUGGUGAGGAUACUCGGACUGUACGCAGUUUUGUGACGAGAAACCUAAGCCCCGUAUAACUUUUGACAAUGAGGGAAGCUUCAGAAGCCCAGCUUGGACAGAGGGUUGGGGGGAAAAUAGGACAGAAACUUCGUGACAUUUUCUGUCUGCAAAAGAGAUUGCAUGGGUAACAUUGCAUGAUGUUUUGUCUACGCACAAAAGAACAGGAGAUUCCAAUAACAUUACUUACUGCUGGAAAAGGCCCAGAGACAGCAGUUUUGAAAUACCUUCCACAAAACAGACCUUUCAGUAACUCCAGUGCUUUUUUGUUUUGUUAAAAAAAUGCCAGUACUUACAUACAAGUUUGCACUGAUUCCCACAAAUCCCCCCCCAUAGAUCCCCACUAGGCUGUUCCCAAGGGUCCACUUUCUCUGGCUAAGUGGGGUGAGCAAGUGCACAAAGAGCAGAAGUUGGGAGAGCCCCCCAAAAGGAGCCAGCGCUUAGUACUGGUGAGUACUGUUACCCCUGAGUAUCACCCAGCAAAAUUAGUCAUCAGGGCACACCCAGGCAUAGAUAUGUGUCAGACGUCUCUGACAACUGCAGUCUUCUCCAUUUGGUCAGGAUUGCGCUCAGGAGAACAUGGAGAACACAGCACUGAUUGGCCAGCUCUUGUGAUGUCACCGACACCCCCCUCCGCAAACCUGAGCAGUUUUUCAAAUGAUAAAAAGUAGGUUUGGAAAACGGCAGCAAACACUUCUUUGGAUAAACUUACAGUGUGCUAUGGGCGAAAGGUGGGACUGUGUGCCUGAAGCAGUGAUAGGCUAGGAACAAAGAGGAUGAGAAAAUCACCUUUUAGAUUUGGAGGCAAGUCCAUGUGCUGCCUGAAGGGUGAUAUCGGGCAGAGUCAAACUUAGCCUUACGACAGGCAGAAGUACAGGGAUUCCUGUUUGUACGUACGCUUGUACGCACCUCCAAGAACCUGGUGAAGGUGCUGAAAGUGGCUUCUCUUCAGCUCACCUUUUGGCUCUUGUGCAGCUGCCUUGAUCAUUCAAGCUGGCAUCAAAAACAGGCUUUGACACCUAGAUUUCUAGACAAGUUGAUGAAUGCGUGUGGCCCCUGGGGAGGGGGCA